AUGCACUCGGCUGCUAUUUUCACAAUUCUAAUGUUCUACACAUGGCCACCAAAAUCACGAUUUCACCAAUCCUCAGUAGUGAGAAUGUUUGCAAGGAGAUUCAUGAUUCCUGGGGAAGCCUAAACCAUUUGGUUCCAUCUCUUGCUAGUCUGUCCGGGCUCCAACGCAAACAGAUCAGAGAAGAAUACAUGACAAUGUAUGGGGAAGACCUCCUUUUGCAUCUCAGAAACACUCACAGAAAUCAGACAGAGGUUUCAGCAGAGAUCUGUGCAGCUGCAGCCUUGUCCAUGCUGAUCCUUAACCCCAAUGAGCGCGACGCCAUCGUGUCUAGAGAAGCACUGGAGCAGAGUGACAUCAACUACAAGGCUCUCAUUGAAAUUUUCGUGGGUCGAAAAUCAAGCCAUGUAGCCCUCAUCCAACAAGCUUAUCAGACUAGAUUUAGGAGGCUGUUGGACCAAGACAUUAUCACCAUUGAACCUCCCAACCCAUACAAAAAGAUACUGAUGGCAUUGGCUGCAUCACACAAAGCCCACCAUGCAGAUGUUAGCCAACAUAUUGCCAAGUGUGAUGCUAGGAGGCUCUAUCAAACAGGGGAGGGAAGAUCAGGUGCUGUUGAUGAAUCUGUUGUGCUAGAAAUUCUCAGCAAGAGGAGCAUUUCACAGCUCAAGCAGACAUUUUCUUGUUAUAAGCUUAUCUAUGGGCAUAACUAUACAAAGUCAUUCAAGACUGAUAACCAUGGGGAAUUUGGAGAAGCGUUGAAAACAGUUGUGAAAUGCAUAUACAAUCCACCUAAAUACUAUGCUAAGGUAAUCAACAUUGUAUGCAAGUUUAAAGGGCAAAACUACCGAUAAGGGUGCGUUGGCACGGGUGAUGGUGAGCAGAGCUGAGGUUGAUAUGGAUGAAAUUCAAAGGGUUUUCAGGAAGAAAUAUGGGAUCGAGCUGAAAGAUGCCAUAUGUGAGAACAUUCCAUCAGGGGAUUACAGAGAUUUUCUGGUUGCCUUAGCCACAAAAACUACUAAUCUUGCAUGACAUGUCAUACUCAACUACUUCGUAAAACAUUGUUGCUAUAUGUUUUUAAAGCUGUACUGCUAACCAAUACUACCAAGGUGUAGUGUGCUUAUGAGAUCAAAAUAU